AGCAGGAAUCAGAACAACCAUGAUAAUCUCCGUCCACUUCACUUUGCUCUUUUUUUGGGUGGCACAAGAUUUUGUGAGCUGUGUUAAUAGAACAUUUCCCAUUCACGUCUUGGCUGUAGCGUUAGGGGAUUCUCUAACAUUGAACUGCACAUUCAAUUGCUCCACUGGAUUUGUUCGUGGCUGUUGGAGCGAAGCAUCAGACAACUCUGGCUGUCUUGGGACAUACACCAAAAGCAGCUUGUGCAUAACGUCCCUUCAUCUAUCAAAUGUGUCUACUGAAGAUAUUAAGAACUACACUUGCUACACAUUAGCUACGGAUCAGCCUCAACUUCCACAAAAAACUGAGCGCCUUGUUAUACUGCAACUUCAAGCUCAAACAAGUGUCCCAAACUGGACAACUAUCCCAAAGACUGGAAUUAAAUCAUCGCUUCCUGCUAAGCCAAAAGAUUCAGGUGAAGGAGAAUUCACUGGUAUUAAGGUUUUAGCAACUGUUACCGUUGCUGUGGCUACAGUGCUUGCAGCAUUAGCCGUUUACCUGUGUCUGAGCUGGAACAGACGGAGCCGGAAUGAUAAAGGGGAGACCGUUGUGUCCAGGUCAGGAUCACCACUACCUCGUCACGCUGCCCCCUCACCAGUAAAGGGGUCACAGUCAACACAAAGUGAAAGAGUGAGGAUUCCUACACCAGAUAAUGAGAGUGACACUGAGGUUCCAUAUGCUGACAUCAUGAUCACUGUCCGAGGUAUCAGUACACCAGAGCUCACUCAGGUCGGCUACUUGGCUCCUGGAGAUCAAAAAGAGUGGUGGGGAGAUGAAUCAAGGUCCCACCUGAAGGCCUCACGUUCAGCUGACAGACUGCAUGUGCCUCAGCCCAGAGAGAUCAGCCGCAAGAUGAGCACCAACUCUGAAUAUGCAGUCAUCACAUAUGCCUGAGCGAGGUCUUUGCUGCUGGAAGAGGAGAGGGAGAAGGACAACAUGCGUCUUUUGUCUUUGAAUAUACAUGUUAAUAGACUUUAUGUUUCUAUUUUUUUUUUUUUUUUAAGUAAUGCUUUUGUAUUUACCUACAGUACCAGUCAAAAGUUUGGACACACCUUCUCAUUCAACUACUUUGAAGAAUCUAAAAUAUAAAACAUAUUCUGGUUUGUUGAGCAUUUGUUUGUUUACCACAUAAUUCCAUAUGUGUUCCUUCAUAGUUUGGAUGUCUUCAAUAUUAAUCUACAAUGUAGAAAAAAAAAAUGUAUUACCUAUUAAAUGGUGUUGUACGUGUUUUUUGUUUAUAAUGC